GGAAAACUUGACUCAGUUCCAAGAGGUCAUUUGCAGUGAUUCCUUCUAGUACUAUCUUUAUUUGAUUCACUGGCCUGAUGCACAGGUUCCAGGUAAAAGCAAUCGAGAGGUCCGAGCUGAAACCUGGAGAGCGAUGGAAGAGCUCUAUGAGAAAGGUUUGUGUAAAUCAAUUGGUGUAAGCAAUUUUCUUAUCAGCCAUCUUGAGCAACUAAAGGAGGACUGUGUGAUUACUCCACAUGUUAAUCAGGUUGAAUACCACCCUUUCCAAAGACCUCAGGAGCUGGUUGAUUAUUGUAGGAGCAGAAAUAUUGUUUUUGAAGGCUACUGUCCUUUAGCCAAAGGUGAAGCACUCACCCAUCCUACUGUCAUUCAGCUGGCAAAGAAGUAUGGCAGAACUCCAGCACAGAUUUGCAUACGCUGGAGCAUACAGAAUGGGAUUGUCACUAUUCCAAAGUCAACAAGGGCAGAACGGGUAGAGGAAAACUGCAAGGUGUUUGAUUUUACAAUAGCAGAAGAUGAUGUUGAAAUUCUGAACGGAAUGCAUGAUGGGAGACAUGUUUCCUGGGAUCCAAGUUUUAUUGUGUGAAUCAAGGUUUUUGAUUCUAAUCUGAGGAAAGAAGAUAUGAAAUUUUUGAAAACUGAAUAUCAACAGAAAAUUAAUUUAUCUAACCUAUUCCCUGUGGAAAGAAUAAUUUAAAACCAGAUUGUUCUAAACUGGAAAAGCGAUUUAACUGGAACAUUGAUUAAUUUUAAACUGAACAAUAAAUCUGAAUUGUUCUCUUAGGUACUCAGUAUACUGGAGAAUCAGUAUAAAUGGUUUGUAGUUACUCUUAUGUAACAAAUUAAUAAAAUAAUUUAAUUUA